AUGCAAUAUCAGUCGCCCGAUAAUAUUGAUAAGACGAACAGAGAGGUGGAAAGACUGCUUCGCGAAUACACUCAGAACCAGGAGAUGGUACGGAACAUCGGCUCCCAUUACUAUCAAAUCAUCUAUCCAGUUCAGUUGAGGCAGCACAAGAAAAUGGGCAUUUCCACCAGAGAGAUAGGGUCUUCUAAGGUACGCAAUGCCAGAAGUACGAGGGGUCAGCAAGGCAAUGAAGGCGGUGCCUCGACAGGCUCUUCAGGCUAUCCCAAUCGAGCCCGACCAAAUAAAGUGAGUACAUACUUGUAG